AUCCGACCAAAGGGCUACUGGGCGGACCCGAUUCCAAAGCGACGAUCCUUAAGAAAGUGAAAGUCUCAUGCAUUCUCUACUUACAUUGAUCAUCUUGUUGAUCAUAAAUCAGAAGAUGUUCAAGUUUUUUUACAACAUGAUUGAUUCAUCGAUCGUGUUGAUCAUUUAAGUCUCUCCUCGUCUUGGUUUAUUUUUUCUUGGUCUUCUUCCUUGUCGUUUAUCGGCACCAAUCCUAAGAAAUACCCAGGUCGUCUACUUCUUGGUGACCAAUAAAUAUUUAUCCUCUGUACAACUUGUCUAGAGGACGAAAAGAUUUACUUGCAGAUGAAAUAACAUUUCUAGAAAAGCUACUCGUGAGAAAGGAAACUUAUGUUCAAAAAUCAAAUUCUUCUAACCUUACCAACGACGUGUACGAAUCCAAGGCACGAUUGAAGCAGCUCAUCAAGGAAGGCUCUUUCGAAUUUUUGCGGAAGAUUCGCAUGGAACGGUCUGACCUCUCCUUAAGGCUUUAAAAGAUUUUUCAAAGGCUCACUUUAUAAAUAUGAUCCUGGACCAUUUUGUUUAAAUUUGAAGCAUCUUGAAGGAGCAGGCUUCUUUAAAUGAUUUUGGAUCAUCACCUGCUUUAGAUUUAAUGCAGCUUGUAAGAGUGGUGUUAGGUCGUCAUCUAACACUCAAGAGAAAUAUACCACCGACUAGGUAUCAAGACGAGAAAAUGAAAAACAGUACCCAGGGUAGUCCACCUGCAGCACCUAGUGGUAGCUAGUACCAAGUACAUGCGUUCUAUUCGAUUUCAUCAAAAUGGAACUUUUUUUUGUAGUGUGAGCGAGUUCCGCAGAGAGCCUGCCCACAUAUUUGUAGUGUGAGCGAGUUCCAUGAAGAACCUAACUGCGUAUUUGCCGCGUAGCUACCGGCAUAGGGCGGCGCUUUUGAUCUCUUUAGACUGCUAGUUUUUAUGGGUGUAUUAGAUUAGUGUUAGUUAUGGACCUAAUAAAGAUUAACUAAUCCACUAUCGUCUAGAACAACUGCAUUAUUGCGGUUGCAAUAGAUCUAAUGGCAUCCCUGCGCGGCACCUUGAUGUUUGAGAUGGCGAAGUUGCCGUACAAGGAGGAGAAGAUUGCAGCCUUCAAGAAGAUGCUCGCAUGCAUGUAGACUCUCAGAAGAACAAGAUACUCGCAUUAUGAAUGUGGACUCGAAGAACAAGAUACUCGCAUCAUGCAUUUAGACUCUUAGUACUAAGGGUCGUGACUUCGGAAAUUAGCAUAUUGGUAUUAGGAGUUAGAAUCAUGUGCUUAGUUUAUUUUAGUCCUGCCUCAUUUUCUCACUUAUUAAGUUCUUGAUUGUUAGAUGUGCGCCUGCUUUAUUUCUAUUUGACUUAAAACAACGUAACGAAAUAGAUUAACACGAAAAACGAGUAUACGAAGGAACAUGUGAAAUUUAGAUUCAUUCAUAACAAUGUCAACAUAUUAGGACUCGACUACAUUGAUAUUCAGAGUGAUUGUUUGUUUAGACUCAAAAAUCAAUAGAAAUCUAUAGAAAUUAACAUCUUUUUCUUGUCUUAGAUGACGGGAGAGCCAGCUUAUUUCCUUUCGACUACUUGACUAUUUCAUCCUUGCUGCAUAAAAAUUGUUAUUCACCCGCCCAUUUACCUCGGUUCUUCAUAUUGAGCCAUUUGUUUUUGUCAAAGAAGAUUGGAAAAUACAACACUUCUCAACAUAAUCGACCAGGUAUGAUCAUCUAGAUCUAUAGUACGAUUUGUCGAUAUCAUUUGACAAGACUCCCUCAAACUCAAGUAUCUAUUACCAUAAAAAGGUCAUACUACUUCUUAAGGCUGCUCACAUCAUAUCGAUCCGCAUCCGUAUUUGUGGAUUAGAAAAGACCACGUGAGCUGUCACAUGACCAUGAUUAACCACGUGAGCUGUUACACGAACAUGGGUCUCAUAUACGUACAUGAAAAGAGGAAUCAUGGAACGGC